AGGACUCAUACACACCAAAGCUGUGGAUGUGAAUAACUUGUCCUUAAACCACAAGCUGAAGGGUCCGAGUCUAUAUUUGGAUGGGCAGUCCACAGUAUCAGGCGUGGGCUUUGUAUGUAUAAAUUUGUGGCUUAACCACUUAUACAUAACUCAAUAUAAUUUAAACAUAUUAAAGUGCAAGUGUUGCAUUUGAGUGUGGGUGCUUUACAGGAAACCUGCUUGCAUCGCCCAAAGACCCAUCCCAUCUGUGUGAGUGACAGCCAAAAGCAGACAGGGUGAGUGGGAGAACGGGUGAAUGAGAGAGAAAGACAGGUUGAGCGCAUGCACACUUGUAGUUCAAAACUAAGAGCAUGCAGCAAACUCUUUCACUCUGCACUUCAACACAGGGGUCAGUGGUUAUUGUGAUUAUGACACUGUGAAGACUUUUUCAUCUCAGCUUAGUGCUUAAGGACAUGCUAAUAAGGGGUCUGUCCUGAAUGUGUUCAGCAAUCAACGGUGUACUUCCCCUGAGGCUCAGUUGUGAGGGACUGGCAAACCCUGGAAGACUGCAUGGGGAGGUGUCAAUGUCCACCAAUGUCACUGGAUUCAGGGCACAACGUUCCCCCCAGCAUUUGGAUAUGGACUUGGCCUGGCAGGAACUGAUGGCCAUCACAGAACUUCAGGAGUUUGAGGUACCCAAUGAGAACCCCUUUGAAGCUAUUCCAUACCUGUCCAUGGAGCCCAUGGUUUCUCAAGGGGGGUUCGGGAUGAGUCAACCGCAACCAGAAUCUAUUCCUGCCACUUGUGAUGCCCAUCCUGCUGCUGUCUAUGAAAAUGCAUACCCGGAAAUGAUGCCACCCUAUCAGCGUUUAAACCCACACAUGGAUAUGCACUACAGCCUCCCUGUCCCCGGCGGCCACGGUUCCUCAAGAAUGCUUACGAGUACGCAAGCUUUUCAUCCUCCUCUCAUGAGUCUUUUGGAGCACAUGAACAUGACAACACGCAGUCAUGGUAUUGCAAAAGAUGGGGUUAUCAACCUUCAUUGCACAGGACAAAUCAAACAGGCUUGCACAGAUGAUCUGGAGUCAGAUUCUGGUUUGUCACUUGGUUCAAGCCCACCGCUUGCCUCUCCUGAGAAUGUGGUGCAUGGCGUACCUUCAUACUUACCUGCAGAUGGAAUGAUGGGCUACGCUGAAAGCGAGAGUAUUGGGGAACAAUGUCGCAUGCGGCAAAGUUUGCUCGGGUCUGUGGACUACCACCAGUCCUACAGUUCAUUCCCUGGAACUUCUUUUCCCACAACUACAAAUAUUCAACCAGUCAACCAGCAGACUUACCAACCAAUUGCAUCAGUGAAGCAACCGGUUUUGCCCACAGCCCUGCAUGAUCUGCAAUUGAACAGCUCAGGUUUAACAAGACUGGGUUCAUAUCAAUCCAUGUACCAAAAACCAAAAUCAAGCAGCGUUUCCGUACCCCUGAGCAGAGAUGAGAGGCGAGCCCUUGCUCUCAAAAUCCCAUUCGCGCUGGACAAAAUUGUGAACCUACCAGUAGAUGACUUCAAUGAGCUCUUGACCCAAUUCACACUGAACGACGCUCAGCUGGCACUUGUGAGGGACAUUCGCAGACGAGGGAAGAACAAAGUUGCAGCUCAGAACUGCCGCAAGCGGAAGUUGGAAAAUAUUGUGCAUUUAGAAAACGAGUUGGGACAGCUUCGAGCCCAAAGAGAACAUUUAACCAGAGAGAGACUGGAGUUUCAGCAAAACCUAGCAGUCAUCAAAUGUCGGCUCUCAGAUCUUUACACCCAAGUGUUUUCACAACUACGUGAUGAAGAGGGACACCCUUAUUCAGUUGAUGAGUAUUUACUACAACUAACUAAUGAUGGCAACGUUUACUUGGUGCCUCGGAAUACAGCCCUGGAGGGUGAAUGAACUGAUUUGCGUUUUGAAAAUUGCAAGUCACCCAUAGAUGGACAACUAAACUCUUUUGAGUUUCCUACACUUGACCAA